CCACUGAAUACCACCUGGGGCUGCUGAAGGCCAAGCUUGCAAAAUACAGAGCUCAGCUGCUGGAACCCUCCAAAUCCCCCGCGGCCAAGGGCGAAGGCUUCGAUGUGAUGAAAUCAGGAGAUGCCCGAGUGGCACUGAUUGGUUUUCCUUCCGUGGGUAAGUCCACGUUUCUGAGUUUAAUGACCUCGACCGCCAGCGAAGCUGCGUCAUACGAGUUCACAACACUGACCUGUAUCCCAGGAGUCAUAGAAUACAAAGGAGCCAAUAUCCAGCUGCUGGAUCUGCCUGGAAUCAUCGAAGGAGCAGCACAAGGGAAGGGCAGAGGUCGGCAGGUGAUUGCGGUGGCUAGGACAGCAGAUGUCGUUAUUAUGAUGCUGGAUGCCACCAAGGGUGAGGUGCAGAGGGCCCUGCUGGAGAAAGAACUGGAAUCUGUAGGAAUCAGGCUGAACAAAAGCAAACCAAAUAUCUACUUCAAGCCCAAGAAAGGUGGAGGCAUCUCCUUCAACUCCACUGUCACGUUGACUCAGUGCUCUGAGAAGCUGGUGCAGCUCAUCCUCCAUGAAUACAAAAUCUUCAAUGCUGAGGUCCUGUUCAGAGAGGAUUGUUCCCCUGAUGAGUUCAUUGAUGUGAUUGUAGGCAACAGGGUCUACAUGCCAUGCCUCUAUGUUUAUAACAAGAUUGACCAGAUAUCUAUGGAGGAAGUGGAUCGGCUUGCUCGGAGGCCUCACAGUGUUGUCAUCAGCUGUGGCAUGAAACUGAACCUGGACUACUUGCUGGAGAAGCUCUGGGAAUACCUGGCACUUACCUGCAUCUACACCAAGAAACGAGGACAGAGACCUGACUUCACAGAUGCCAUUAUCCUACGGAAAGGAGCCUCUGUGGAGCAUGUGUGCCAUCGGAUUCACAGGUCCUUAGCCAGCCAGUUCAAAUAUGCCUUGGUGUGGGGAACAAGCACAAAAUACAGCCCUCAAAGAGUGGGUUUAACCCAUAUGAUGGAGCAUGAAGAUGUCAUCCAGAUUGUUAAGAAGUAACUGCUGGUGCCUGGCCUUGUCUUUAAUCACUGCAAUUGGAACUGACCACGUAAAAACAAAACAAAAGACA